AUGGUCAGCGAGCCCAUGUCACACGGUUCAUCCCUCCAUCCCGCGCGCGCGACGCGAGACGUCCGCGCGGCGCCCGCGCUGUGCGCUCCGCAGUGGCCGUGGGGCUUGGAUGAGCUGAAUGAUGCAGCAGAAGGUGGUGACGUUGUCCGUGCCAUCAAGCUCUUUGAGCACAUGCAAUCGUGGCUCCCACUGGGCGACACUCGUAUGGCCAUCAACACUGUCAUCAAGGCUUGUGCCAACGCGGCUGAUAUUGAUGCCGCAGAAGAGUGGUAUGAGCGUAUGCUCGAGAAUGGCGUGCUGCCAAAUAAAGAAACAUUUGGCAACUCGACUUUGAUCCCGGCAGCAAAGGCUGGAUGCGUGGAGAAAGCCCAGAAGUGGUUCUGGGAGCGUGAAAAGCAACAGCUGCAGCUGGGUCCGAUUCCCAUGAAUAUUCUGAUUGAUGCUUCUGCCAAAAGUGGUGACAAGGCUGCAGCGGUGAAGCAUCUCAAGGACAUGGGCCGCCGUAGCAUUGACCCGACAGAGGAGAGCUACAACAGUGUCAUCAAUGCCUGCGCGCGAGUGGGUGACUCUCAGGGAGCCGAAGUCUACUUGCGCAAAAUGCAAGAGCAAGGAUUGAAGCCAACCUUGUUCAGCUUUACCUCUGUAAUAGAUAGCUGUGCAAAGAGCGGUGAAACGGAAAGAGCGGAGCACUGGUUUCAGGAGCUUCAGAGAGUAAGUCUAGUCCCCAAUGUGGUGAGCUACACGGCCCUCAUCGAUGCCUACGCUCAAGCAGGCGAUGCACGAAGUGGCGAGAAAUUGCUGCGGCGCAUGAUCCAAGAAGGCAUCGCCCCGACGGAGGUGAGCUACUCUUGUAUCAUGAACGCUUACGCCAGCCAUGGGAAUGAGGUUAACUGCAUGAGGCUGUUGCAAGAAAUGUGUCGCCAAAAUCUGCAGCCCACUGAGAAAACCUACAGCAUCAUGAU